AUAGAUGGAAAAGGCCCAUUUGAAGCGAUGAAAUUUCUUUUAACAUAUCAUGUCGAUAAACAACUGCUUGAUAUUGCUGAAGCCGGAAAAGGUCGCGAGUGGUAUCCGGGACGAGCAUUUCUCGAAGGUUAUUUCAGUGUGGAUCAGUACAGAAUUAAUGCUGUACUAAAGGUUUACCGAUGGAAAUUUCGUUUGCUUGAAGCUGACGAUGCCACUCAACAAUACUUGCGCUCAAAGGAAACUCAGCAAAAAUAA